AUGCCAAAAGUAGUAGAUAGCUAUGUGCUUGAGAGAAGUAUAGGAAAGGGGCAAUUUGGAGAAGUGUUCAAAGGAUAUAAUAAGCAAACAAAUGUGGACAUAGCGGUGAAAUGCGUAAAGAGGGAACUGCUGAAAGGGAAGUUUACGGAGUUGUUAGAAAAUGAAAUAAAAGUGCUGAGGACUUGCAAUAAUGAUAACAUCAUAAAGCUAUAUGAUAUAAAGAAGACUGCCAACAACAUAUAUCUAAUAAUGGAAUACUGCAAUGAAGGUGAUCUUUCAUAGUACAUUAAACAAAAGAAAUUUUUGCUGGAAGAAGAAGCAGUUGAUUACUUGCUUUAAAUUCUAAACGGAUUUAAAACACUCGUGAAGAAUAAGAUUAUGCACAGAGACUUCAAAUUGGCAAAUAUCCUAAAGCAUGAUGGCAAUAUUAAAAUAGCUGAUUUUGGAUUCUCCAAACUUUUGAAUGACAACCAAGGAUUAGCCACCACCAUGCUCGGAUCUCCACUCAACAUGGCUCCAGAAGUGCUCAAUAAUCAAGAAUAUGACAGUAAAGCAGAUAUUUGGUCAAUUGGUACCUGUUUUUAUGAACUAUUAUUCGGGAAAUCGCCAUUUACAGCCACAAACAUGGUUGAGUUGCUCAAGAACAUAUAAACUAAAUAGUUUGUUAUCAAUAGGAAGGUUAACAAUAUAACUCCUACUGCAGAGGAUCUAUUAAGAAAAAUGCUUGUAGUAAAUCCUAAAAAUAGAAUAUCUUGGGAUGAUCUUUUUAAGCACGAAAUCAAUUUCUAUCAGGAAGAAAAGUUAAAGAAAGAUCUGGAAACCACACUCAAAGGAGGAGAGUUAAUGAUGAAUAUGAGUAAAUUUUACAUCAAAAACAAUAUGGUCAUUGAUCAUCCAGCUGAAAUCAAGAAAAAGGAAGAUUUAAACAAUUUCGCCAUGUAAGUAGCUCAAAAGGGACCUCAGAAUCAAUAAUAACAAUAUGUUGGACCACUAUUAAAGAAACCCUAAGAGGAGAAUAAUCUUGCCAGAUAGGAUUCAGCCAAAACUGUUUAGAGCACUUAAGGACCAGUUUAAGAUAUUGGAAAUGAGGAAGUCACUGAUAAGGAAACAUAAAGAGAAAAAGAAAUCAAGGCCAAAAAACGAAAUGCCAAUAGGAUUUUACAUGAAAGAAAUAUAUAUGUUUUUCUUGCAUCUGUUGCUGAAGAAGCCAUGAACAAUAUGGCUAUUCAAAACUAUGAUGUCACAGGAUUCUUGUUAGUCAAAAAGUUGUUGCAAUUAAUUGAUUUCCUCAAAACAAUUCUAUAAGACAAAUAAAAUUAUUAUCAAUUGGAGUUUUGGGAAUAGUUCACCUAAAGUAAGGAUUAUAAAGAUAUCCACACAUACAUUUCAAAAGAAUUUGAUGUUUUCAAAUCCUACUUUGAUUCAAUCUAUGAAAAAAUCAGCAUUCAAAUUCAAUAGAGACCAAAAAUGGAUGAGGCCAUCAAAUAAGCUAUUAACAGCAAUUUCAAAUAGAACAAUCAAUAAAUAUUAGUCAAAUGCUUGAUAGAUUACUCAAAGUUAUUGAUUGAAACUCUUAAAAAAACAAAACCUUAAGAUCAAAAUCGAUAAUAAUGGAUUCAUGCUGAUAGAGUUUUAGACUGCAUUAAAUUAGAAGAAACCUUCUAAUUUGAUGACAGACUUACGAACCAGCAAUUUAAUUUUAAAUAAUAUUAUGAAAAUGACAAUUUAUUAGAAAUGGAAGCCCUCUAGAAAAAGGUGCUAUAGAAGUUUGAGAAACUAAAGUGAAUUAUUAUCUGAUCAACGAAUAUAAUAAUUA